UUUUUCCGAAUGUUCAACAAAGUUAUUUGUUCGUCGGCCUUGAUACGGUUGUGUUGUACUUUUUUGUAUUCCUGCGGUGACGGUGAAUUCAUCUAAAUUUUUUCAAAUGCCUUUGAUAUUGAAAUAUUUUUAUUAUUGGAUCUCGUAUUGGUUUAAUGAGCAUAAAGAUCCUCGUGUUGAAGGAUUCUUCCUUCUGGGAUCCCCAUUUCCUAUGUAUGCAAGUAUUGUGUUAUAUCUGUUAUUUGUGUUAAAAUGGGGACCAAAAUGGAUGGAAAAUCGACCACCUUACGAGUUAAAAAAUGUCAUAAGAGUGUAUAAUUUCUUACAAGUUGUUAGUAAUUUAGGACUUUUUAUUUUAGGAAUUCGAAAUUCUUAUCUCCGAAAAGAAUUUAGUUUCUUUUGUCAGACAGUAGAUACCACUAAUAAUGAGCCGUGGAUGCAAAAUUUACUUUGGGCAACUUAUGGAUAUUACAUUACAAAAUAUUUUGACCUUUUAGAUACAGUAUUUUUCGUUUUGCGAAAGAAAAACAAUCAAAUUACAUUUUUACACGUGUAUCACCAUGCCGGUAUGGUGUUUGCUGUUUACAUAUUCACAAAAUUCCUAGCAGGAAGCCAUUCAACAAUGCUUGGGGUCAUCAACUUAUUUAUCCACACCAUAAUGUAUUCAUAUUAUUUGGUCACCUCAAUUCAUCCCGAAUACACAAAGAGCAUCUGGUGGAAGCGAUACAUCACUCAAAUGCAACUGGCACAAUUUGGCUAUCUAGUAUUUCAUUUUGCAAUUGUGAUUGUGAAAAAUGAUUGCGGUCAUCCGAAUCUGGUGUCGUUUGUGGGACUCAUACAGAAUCUUUUUAUGUUUGCGUUAUUUUUUGAUUUCUAUCUUAAGGCAUAUGUGCGAAAGAGGACGAAAAUGCAAUAAAACAAAUUUAUAGGAUUUACUUUUUUUUUAAACAUUUUUUGUACUUAAUUAAUUUUUUUUAUAGUUCCGUUCAUUUUAUUUUUUU